AUGCCUUCCGAAAAACAGUAUGCCGGUGGAUCAAACCCGUAUUUAGGACAAGUCAGGUGGAUCAAACUCAGCAAAUCAUUCUCCAUGUUCAAUAACUAUUGUAUGGGAUACGACAUCAAGAGCAACCACAAAGUCUUAAGGUUGUUGUAUAGUGGCAGUACUGUUCAGUAUGAAAUGUAUGAUUUUAAAUAUGAUUCAUGGAGGGAUCUUGCUGUCACUUGUGACUGGACUAUACAGCAUUAUCGUGAGGGCUUGUCUUUGAAAGGAAAUACUUACUUUUUUGCUCAGAGAGUGAAAGAAGAAGAUCAGAUGGGAGAAUCUUUAAUAUGUUUUGAUUUUACAAGUGAGAGAUUUAGACAUUGUCUUGAUCUGCAAUCUAACUCUCGUAAUGGAGACUCUGUGAUUCUAUCUUCUGUUAGAGAAGAACAGCUUGCACUGUUAUUUUACAGUGUUGAUACAUAUGAGAUUGAGAUACAGAUUACAACAAAGAUCGAGGCCAAUGAGUUGACAUGGAUAAAUUUCUUAAAAGUUGAUUUGAAGCCGUUCACUGGAAUGUUAUGGAAGUUUUUUUCGGUGUGGGUAUGGGAGUUUCUUCGUGGACGAGAAGAAGAAAGUGGCAUUGAUUUGGGAUAA